AUGUCUGAUUCCCGCCGCCCAUCGCGGUUAUCGGCUGCCAAUGUCGAGACCGGAACCACCGCGGUGGUUGCAGAUCAAACCCUGGAGGGUCACCUUUAUGUGCUUCAUUCUCUCGUCGGUCCCUUUCGGUCUCUGCACGACGUUCUACUAUUCCUCGCCGCCGGCGGCCCGGCUGAUAUUAUCUGGGGCUGGGUCUUGGUCUCGUUCUUGAUUCUGUGCGUCGCGAUCUCCCUGGCGGAGAUCACGUCCGUUUAUCCCACUGCGGGCGGUGUCUACUACCAAACGUUCGUCCUAUCGCCUUUAUGGUGCCGACGAGUCGCAUCAUGGAUCUGUGGCUGGUCCUAUGUGGCAGGAAACAUCACAAUCACCCUCGCCGUGAACUUCGGAAAUGCCCUGCUGAUCAUCGCCUGUCUGAACGUCUUCGAGAAGUCUCCCGGUGUCGGUUUGACCGAUGACUUUACCAAUUGGCAGACAUUCCUUGUCUUCCUCGCGAUCACCGUCGUGACCCACGCGAUCCCGUCGCUUGCGAACAAGUGGUUGCCUAUGCUUGAGUUUGCUGCGAUCUUCCUGACUCUGGUCGGAUUGGUAGCCAUCGUCAUCUGCCUGUUGGUUGUUGCUCAUGAGGGUCGCCGAUCCGCUUCGUGGGUCUUUGGCAACUUCGAGCCCCAAGCUGGCUGGCCGGCGGGCUGGUCAUUCUUCAUUGGUUUGCUGCAGGCGGCUUAUGCCACCUCGGCGACCGGCAUGAUUAUCUCGAUCUGCGAGGAGGUCAAGGAGCCCGCCAUCAUGGUGCCCAAGGCCAUGGUGUGGACGAUUGUCGCCAACUGUAUUGCCGGUCUGGUCCUCCUGGUCCCCAUGUGCUUUGUCAUGCCUGAUCUGACGAUGCUUGUCAACCUGGUGUCUGGCCAGCCGGUCCCCGUGAUCUUCCAAAAGGCUAUCGGCAACCCCACCGGAGCGUUCUUGUUGCUGCUGCCCCUUCUUCUGCUCGGCAUCAUCUGCGGCGUCGGCUGUGUGACGGCAACCUCUCGCUGCACAUGGGCCUUUGCGCGCGAUGGUGGGAUCCCUGGCUCUGGCUGGUGGCGCACCGUCAACAAGAAGUUGGAUAUCCCCCUCAAUGCUAUGCUGCUUGGAAUGGUGGUAGAGAUUGCCCUCGGCUGUGUCUACUUCGGUUCCACCGCUGCUUACAAUGCCUUUUCCGGGGUGGGCGUCAUCUUCUUGACCGUCAGCUAUGCUUGCCCCAUUGCCGUCUCCUUGAUUUUCCGUCGCCGCGAGGAUAUCAAAAACGGCCAUUAUGACAUGGGCAUCAUCGGUCUCAUUUCCAACAUCAUCGCCCUUGCGUGGAGUGUUUUGGCCGUCCCCCUAUUCUGCAUGCCCACCCUGGAGAAAGUGACGAAAGACAGUAUGAACUAUGCAUCGGCUGUGUUCGUUGGGUUCGUCGCCAUCGCCGCCAUCUGGUACGGCGUCUGGGGAUACCACAACUACCACGGUCCUCCGACCGAUGCAGUAGAGCACGACAGCGACUCUAACCCCGAAGCGACCGAAGUCUGCAAAACCAAGAGCCGUUGA